GAGGAGCCAUGGCUGUGGAGGUGCGGCGAGUAUCCGCAUGGGUACGGGUGCUGAUGGGGAUGGCGAUGCUGGUGCAGGUGUCCGUCGUCGCGGCAGAGUUGCAUCAACGGGCGGGUGCUCGUGUCCCUCUGGCAGCCCUGAAUCGACCCAAUCAGGCCAAGGUGGAGCGCAUGUCAGAUGUGUCGGUCAACUUUCAAGAAUUUUUCCUUGAUCAUCCCCAGCAGGCCGUGUCCAUCGCAGACCUUGACAAAGCUGACACUGAAGACAUUCCUCAAGAUGAGGUUCACGUCAAGGAUCAGCGCCCGUCUGGUACCCCCAUGGAGCUCCUCAAGAGCCUUUUGCGCACUGGCGAGGUGCCCGACAAGUUUAUCCGCCAUCGUCAUCUUUCCUUCGAUGCACUCACCGGCUUGAUUGGCACGAUCAAGAGCGCAGCCACGGCUGGCUCCGUGCUGGAAAUUGGCCUCGGCGAGAUUGCCCUGGCACUGGCCGAGGAAGACCUGAGCAUCAUCACGGUCGUGCCCCUGAGCUACAGCGCGACUUACCAGGCCAUCCUAUCCGAGAGCAGCAGCCGUCAUCUGCCUUAUGUUUGCGCUGCUGCUUCAGGUCGCAUGUCCGAUACCGUCUCAACCCUAGAUCAAAACCCCCAGCUGUUCUUCCACACAAUUGUCGUGUCCAACAUCAAGGCUCUAGCUGAGGGCCUCUCAAAGGACCAGCUGGCGACGAUGUUGGGCCGCCUCAUGCUUGUCACCAGUCGACUCAUCGUUGUCGACUCGAAUGAUGAAGAAUCACGCACCAUUCUGCGUCAAUUUAGCAGCGUCUCAAAGCUCUUGGAUGCUGCUGCAGCCGCUGUUGCCGUCAAAGCCAGCAAUUCCGUUGAAUCGUCUUAUGCGACCGCCUCCAUUCAAAAGUCGACGCGCGAAUUGACUACCGAGGCCUGCAAAACCCUCGUGGCGGCCACCAUAACUUUGGGAGACCAAGCCGUGCAUUUUAGCGUCAACUUCCCACGCUCGCCAAUUCUGCACGGCAUUGCCACGCUCAACUUGCAGCGCAUCACCAAAAAGAUGCUCUUUCGCACACUGGUGGCCGAGGUCGACACCGUGCAGCUGGAGGCCGAUUCUCAGCUCAUGGGCUCGUCUGAAGUGGUGGUGUACCUGGACUCGCAUGGCAUUGCCACAGCACCGGCCCCCAAGAUGGAUUUUCUCUUUCGUGGCCGCAUCUGGACACCGGGCGCAGCGACAGAAACAGCCUUGCAAGGCGCUGUCAUGGAGGGCCUCGACGAGCUACAUAUUUCUGAGGGGGCCUACCCAAAGGCUUUGCCCCCGAAAAGCAACUCUGCCGACGGUGGCGGUGGAUUUUGGGACCAAUGGGGCCUCCGGCGUCUGUUGUCUGUCGACUCGGAAGCGGCGAGCCCGCCAUCGCGCUCAAAUUCCGACCCAAGAGAGGAUGCUGCGCGACAGCUCUACAAGCAUGUUGAUCUCGACUAUGAUGUCCCCAAACCAGCGGACUUGAGCAACAGCAGCCCACCCCGCCCAGAUAUGCCGUCGCGCACACGCCGGCGAUUGCUGGCCGCUUCUGGCACGACAGAUGAGGCAGCCUUACGCACCUUGCUGGGCAUAUCAGGCACGGGCGACAGUGCCAGUGCUGCCUUUGAUGUGUAUUGGUCCAUCAUUGCGGAUAUGGCUAGCGAGGCAGCCGAGCACCGGGUAACAGCCGGGGUAGAAGCCAAGGCCGUGCCCAUGGCUGGCUUUUGCUACGGUCGCGUUGUGGGCAUGGCGUGCCACAAGCUGGCCAAGAUGUUCGCCAACGGCAACUUCAUCACUGCAGUGCCGGGUCGGGCCAACUCACAACGCUACUCAACGUUUGCUAGCUCAGCCUACACGGCAAAUGUGCGCAAUAAUCUUGUGCUGGCGAGCUACCUCGAUUACCACAAGGUCCGCCAGCUGGCCAGCGUGCCGGAUCUGGCCGAGAUCCAAAUACUCGGCCAAGAGGUCUUUGAGGCACUUCCAGAGCUCGGCGUGGCCUUUUUGCGGCAUCUAGGCCGGCUCUUGACGUUGUCUCGUCGUACCAUCAUCGAGCUGCUACCACCCGCCAAGCUACUGACCAUUGCCGCGGCUUUGGGUGACGAAGAUCGAAGCAACCUGCAGUAUCGCAUGGCAGGCCUGAUUCGCGCCGCAUUGGCGUCAGUUGGCGUGUCUGACACGACGGCGUCGAUUCGACUGCAUGUGCCUUUGGGCGCGGCGCAGGAUACGCGGCGCCUGCUUUCGGUUACGCUUGACAACUUUGAGCGCAAUGCCCACGUGUGCGAUCCAGCUCGCAAAUUUCGACUGUCAGUGUCAACCACACAAGUUCAGGCGACCUUUCCUCAAGAGCCCACGCCCUUUACACUGCAUCAUGCCGGGAAGGCUCUUUCGCUGCACUAUGCGACGAUUCUCGGGUUGAGCUCACAAACGCGCAAGCGCCUGUUCUUCGACUACCUGGAUACCGCCUAUCGGGAGGACAUGUGUCCCAGCAACAUCCUUCUUGUCAAUGGUCGCUUGGUGUAUCAUGAACUGCAUGAUCCAUAUAGUGCUUCGGAUCUCUCUGUUGGGGGCAUGGGUGAUAUGGACAGUUUUGUCGCAACCUUGAAGCGGGAGCUGCGCGGUCCCUUUAGCAUGAUUGAAUGGGGCAGCGGCAAAGGCAAACAGUCCGUUGCCAUCGCCAAGGCCUUUCCCGAUUCCACGGUGAUUUCAUUUGAUCGAUCACGGACAAUGGCACACGCUCACUGGGAGCGAAUCAAAGCGACUGAAGUUCGUAACAACAUUGUGGGCGAGGUGGCAACCAACGAAGCGUAUCUGCUGAAGUUUAUGGAUUGCCCGGAAUUUUUGCGCUACCAGUUUGUGAGCUGGCGCCAUUUGUUGGAGCUGAUGGGUGUCCUGAGUUCCGAGGCCAAGUUGGACAGCCAGACUUUGGCGGGUGUUCUCGGGAAGAUGUUCAGCAUCAGUGCCACGACCCUGUUCCAGAUGCCCAGUUCCAAAAUGUUGUCGCUGGCGGUAGUCACCUUUUUCCCAGAACUCAUUGGCAACGAGGAGAUCUCCUACCAAGCUUUUAAUCACCCAUAUCCCUUCUUUGAGAACUUUGCCAAGUCAACCAUCGAGGGCAUGGUGCGCAAACCGAGCCUCGUCAAAGCGCUGGAGUGGACGAUGACGGAGGUGGAAGGCGCCGUCGCAGGGCGCACGGACCUGACAGCUGGCUGGUCAUUGUUAAGGGUUGAUUUGCUCGAGUUGAGGCUGACAGUAAAUCACCAUUUCGACUACAAACUGGAUGGGCACAAGCGGCGCUACGAGCAGCAUCUCAAGGGCACCGCACCCAAUCAAUUUGAUGUUUGGCUGAUUCGAGAAAAGGAUGGGUUCAAGAUUCCUUACGAGGAGAUUCGAGCAGUGACUCUGAUUGCGCUCCUGCGCCUCAACCUCUUGAGCGAAAUCAAGGAUCGGUUGUACGGCGAGUUUUUGUUCAUGGGCGUUUUCGAGGACAUGGCGCCGUGGAACAUUGCGUUUCAAGGGGGCAAGCUGAUUUACAUUGAUUACGAUACGCGUGACAUCAACUUGACCAACGUUGUGCCCUUGGCUUAUCAGAUCAUGGCUGCGUUGAUGAACAUGGAGCGCACAGUGCGAGACUUUGGCCAUUGCCCCAACCAUGCCAAAAACAACUACAACAUUCCAUUUGUAUCGCACUGCAUGGGUGCUUCGCCAUUCCGAGGUCCUUGCGACGAUGAUAAAUAUCCCACACCCUGCGCUGACCACACCUGCCGUGAGACGUAUCUCCAAUGCCUGCAAGCCCUAUACAAGACCCAUCGCCAGCAGUCUGGUCGCGCGUAGGGGGGUGAUCGCGGGCCCAAGAUUUUAUUGACAUGUGAGCGAAUUGAGAGUCAACAAGAUC